GAGGUCCCGGUCUGGGGGCAUGGUUUAUGUUACUGCAACGCCCACGCUCCUCCUGUAAACAUUCGUCUCUCUUGAGCUCUUGCCCAGAUGUUUGGCGCUCAGGCCUAGUAGGACCGGGACGCAUCACGCGCUUCUACGUAGCUGUACGUAGAAUAAACCCCUAUAACCAGCGCUCUUGCUCGUCAUUGCUACGGUCGUGCAGGCAGCAUCGGCAAUGUAGCAGGUAGGAAACGUACCGCAACGGCUGCGCCACAAGGAUCUACUUUUUUCUAACCACAGUGACUUUCGACAAAGCCAUGAAAACAGUGACUUCACCCCUGAUGUUUCUGCUUGCGGCAACGACAUGCGCAGCAGUCGCUCCUGACAACUCGUGUGAUGAUCGUCAACGCCGCCACACGCUCUUCGACGUCGGGCUGACCAGGGUGUUCGGCAUGUCGUCGUUCAGAGCUCUCCGACUGGAAGAGGUCCGCCAAACGUUCACAAAAUUCUUCACGUUCAGAGUUUGGCUGUGGGAUGGCAAACUUCAGGGCCUGCAGAACAUUCGACGACUUGAGCGCAACUUCAUGAAUGUUACCGACAGUGGAGUGGUUGCCCACUUCGAGAUCCAUGGCGGGCCUCUUGUCGUCACCUACACAGGCACCCUCCGCUCUGUUCUGAUGGACGCCCGGGUAAAUGUAGACAUCUACGUGCCGCAGAUCUACAUGAGCCUCUACGUGGAGGAGCCAUCGCCAAACGAUCUCAGAGUGACCUAUUUUCGCUUCUGGGCCGCCCCGGUAAACUUUACUGCUCACAAGAUUCGUGGAAGCACCAUCGUUUUUGACUUGUUCAUGUCCGUUGCCAGAAGCUCCAUCGAGAAGGCGAUUGACAAGGAAAUUAGUGCCAUGAUGCGGCAGAUCGUACAAAAGUUCGUUAGCAAGGUUAAACUAUUUGCCCUGGACGGAACCACACUUGGAGGUCUACCGAAACAACAACCAGUUCCCGCCUACACUUCUGCCAUCAGUUUUCCGAAACCUGGAGCGAGUGCUUCUUCUUCAGACAUUCCCUUGGGCCAAUGGCAGGACACCAGCAAAUGGGGAAUCUUCGACCACAUAGUCAAGCGAAUCGUGCUGAACUCUCGACUAGAUCCGAUUGUGUUCAAUGAUGUUGAUGACGUCGCAUUGCAAGGUUGGAACUUCCUGAUAUCCAACGUUACUGUCGAGGGUCUCCGCCACAUACGCCGAGGUAGUGACAACUACGCUGCAGUCAAGCCCUGUGGCAUCGACGCUCGUGUGGCACUUUCAUUUGAGAAUGUUCGUGUGCAUAUUUUUGCCAGCACUCAGCGUCCUCAGGUUCCAUUAAGAGUGGACGCAACAAUCCAAGCAGUUGAAGUGAUACUCCAAGUGAAAGAGAAUAACUCGACAAUUGAAGUUGAAGAUUACCAGCUGGGCUUUCCUGUUCCACUGGAGUAUGAAGUGCACGUUCAAGGAUCCAUCUUAGGACGGCUGUUUCGGCUCUUCAAUGGACAUAUGAGAAGAUUGUUAACCGCAGACGAGGCGAAAUGUUUGGAAACGGUAUCGAAGAAAUACAUCAACAAAGCUAUAGUUGAAGUUACAGAAUUCAUCAAAGAUCCGGCACCUUGGAUGCCCUGGAACAAUUCCAUUAUAGAAGCAUAUAGUAGAUAUAGAGAUCAGCAAAAGUCUUAGAGCACACGUUGGUACACAACCUGGUCGCCACGUGCAUUCCGUCUAUGCAGGCAGAAUAAAGAUACGCAAUGAAAAUGUUUUUUUCCCAGUUAGUAAGCGUUGAUGAGUGUAAUACGCCUGUAGUCUUUGCUCGAUACAGUCACAAAUGAAGCCGUGUAAAUUAUUUUCCAGCAUUCUGAAGUAUUACAAUCUACGAAACCGUAAAAUCAUAUCACAGAUGAAGGGUCGUUCUGAAAGGAGCUUGUUUUGAAACAUGGCUGCGGCUUGAACCACUUGAAGCGUGAAUACAAGUAGUACAACGAGAAGCUCAAUGAGCACUGCCAUAACUAGCACGGACGAGCUCCAAUAAUCAGAAAGACCAAUUCAAAAUAGAAAACGUUUGCACAAUAUAAAGCUUACCAGUACUCUUCCUGCUUACUAUUUAAAUAAAAUUCCUCUAGAACCCAUUAACUCGUAAAAUACUUAGGAGU